AUGGCGCUCAACCACAUCUCCCGCCUGUGCGAGUCCGUCGAUGCCUCCGUUCGGUUCUAUGUCAAGGCGCUCGGCUUCGUGCUCAUCCACCGCCCGCCGGCGCUCGACUUCUCCGGCGCAUGGCUCUUCAACUACGGCGUGGGGAUCCACCUCGUGCAGCGCGACGACGCGCGGAGGGCCCCCGACGUGAGGCCGGAGACGGAGCUUGACCCCAUGGACAACCACGUGUCGUUCCAGUGCGAGGACAUGGGCGCCAUGGAGCGGAGGCUCCAGGAGAUGCGCAUCCGGGACCCCGACGGCUUCAUGAUCGAGAUCUGCAACUGCGAGAACCUGGAGCUCGUCCCCGCCGGCGCGCUCGGCGGCCUCAGGCUGCCCCGCGACCGCCACAACCCGCCCGUGCGCAUGGCCGCCGGCGCCGCCGAGUAG